UUGGAAAGUUAAAAAAACAAAAACACAGAAGGAAAAAAGAACAAAGCAAGAAAGAUAAGGAGGGAAGAAGAAUGUUGAGCAUAACGUGCGCCUUCUCUGCUUAUCCUACGCAUCCCGUUCGAAUCUCCAUUCCAACAACAUCUACCAUUCGCUAUGCCUCUCGCUUCUCCGUUCCUAUCAAUCCAUUCGUUCCAGAGGUUAUUGAAGCCGUUGAUUCAUUGAAUUCAGAAUUCAGAGCAGUGGAUAAUUUAGUUGCAUACAAUACCACCCGUGUUCUUAAAGCUUUUCACAAUGCCAGACUUGGUUCUCAUCACUUUGGUGGUUGCACUGGUUAUGGUCAUGAUGAAACUGGGGGGCGUGAAGCUCUUGACCAGGCUUUUGCAGAAAUUGUUGGAGCAGAAUCAGCUAUUGUUCGUUCACAGUUCUUCUCAGGUACUCAUGCCAUCACAUGUGCUUUAUUUGCCCUCUUGAGGCCAGGAGAUGAGCUUUUGGCAGUUGCUGGUGCUCCAUAUGACACAUUAGAGGAAGUAAUUGGGAAAAGGGACUCUGGUGGUUUGGGUUCCCUUCAAGAUUUUGGGGUGAAAUACCGAGAAGUUCCGCUUGCCGAGGAUGGUGGACUUGACUGGAAUGAACUGAUGCAUGCUGUCAAACCCGAAACAAAAUGUGCACUCAUACAGAGGUCAUGUGGUUAUUCAUGGCGUCAGAGUUUGAGUGUUAAUGACAUAGGGAGAGCGAUAAAAAUUAUCAAAAUGCAAAAUCCUGAGUGUUCGGUCAUGGUGGAUAAUUGCUAUGGGGAACUUGUGGAAAGCAUUGAACCUCCCAUGGUGGGUGCAGAUUUGAUGGCAGGCAGUUUGAUAAAGAAUCCUGGUGGAACGAUUGCUCCGUGUGGCGGAUAUGUUGCUGGGAAAAAGAAAUUGGUUGAAGCCGCUGCAGCGCGCCUUUCUGCGCCCGGGCUUGGUGUGGAUUGUGGUUCAACUCCUGGUGAUAUCAUGAGAGCCUUUUUUCAGGGAUUAUUUCUUUCACCUCAAAUGGUUGGGGAAGCAAUCAAGGGUUCCUUCCUGAUUGCUGAAGUUUUGGCAUCUAAGGGUUAUAAAGUGCAGCCACUCCCUCGCGUCCCCCGAUGUGAUACAGUUCAGGCCGUACAACUUGGAAGCCGUGAGCGUCUCCUUGCUUUUUGUGAGGCUGUUCAGAGAAGCUCUCCUGUGGGGUCAUACACCAAACCAAUUGCGGGUACCACUCCUGGAUAUGCAUCAGAGGUUAUCUUUGCCGAUGGAACCUUCAUUGAUGGGAGUACUAGUGAGCUUUCAUGCGAUGGACCUCUUAGAGAGCCAUUUGCUGUAUUUUGCCAGGGUGGCACUCAUUGGACUCAAUGGGGACUAGUCCUAGGAGAAGUUCUGAAAUCUAUUGAUGGAAUCUAAAUUUCUAUAAGUUAAUACUACAUAUUAUACGACCUUCAGAGGACACUAUUAUUAAGAUUGGUACAAAUUCAAUUAAGGGUGGACAAUAAUAGUUUACUGACCGAAAUCUGAACUAACAGUGACCAAAUCUCGUGCAGCGGGUGAGUUGAUGUAGAUUUUGGAUUUUUGGGUGAGAAAAGAAAAAUAGAUUAUUAUAGUAAUAUUCUUUGAAGUUUGCGUGUACAAUAUGAAAAUCACAUGUUAUUUAAUGCAUUAAUAAGUUGUUGAAAAUAUUGAGUUUUGUAAAUGGCUUAGGAUGAUCACGAUUCACGAGUAUGUGUUAAUUUAGAAUCCAUGAUAAGAAUUGUUUUGACCUUGA